AUGAGCUCUGCAAAUAUUUUCGAAGCUGUCGAGAUGAACUUCACCGCCGACGAAUUUUCUGGCGAUUUGAUCGGGUACAUCCGAGAGAAAACCAAGGCCAACAGUAAUCGUCGUUCCACCUCACGAAAGAAUUCCCAUGAAAACUCUCCGUCGACAACCGCCAACAAAAAAUAUUCUGGAAGCAACAGUCGCUUUUUGGCAUACAGUCGUGUGGAGGAGGACGAGGAGGAACUUAGCACGCCCAUCAUUAACAUCUAUCGAGAACACCGAGGCCACCUGGAACAGGACAAGAAAGCUCGCACCGAACUGGACACCCAGAUACUCAAGGAUGAUCUCUAUAUUCCCGUGAGAGUUGAAGAAUCUCAACAUUCAUCGACAGCCGCUAGAGCAAACUCCAGGUCAAAUCAACAAUCCUCCCCGAUGUCAACACAAGCGACUCGGGGUAUUAACAUGGGGAAUUUUGCUUCUUUCCUACCCCCGGUCGCUUCAAAAUUCUUGCCACUUUCCGCCACCUAUAACAGCGUGGGAAUCAACGAGAGUGGUAGCAGAGGAUUCAAUGACAUGUGGGGUUAUUAUCAUCAGAAUGACAUGUUUACUAAUGAGAUGGACAACAUCAAAGGUGUUUGCUGCUCAUAA